AUCAACAUACCGAAACCGUGGCUUUCGGCGUGCCCAAGAAUGCUUUUGGAGAGUAUCCUACGACGGGCGCUACGAUCAUACAUCGUAGCAGAUAACGAUGUUUCUGUGAAAAUCGCUGGGAUUGAGGCCCAAUUGAUCGAAGGAUAUCACGGUGAAUUUUGGUUUGUACCAAAUAAUUUCCUCAACGAGGAAAACGAUGAUGACGACGUCAUCGUAGUCAACAACGAAGACGGCGACGACAAUGUCAUCGUAGUCAACAACGAAGACAGCGACGAAGACGAUGAUGACGACGACAUCGUAGUCAACAACGAAGACGGCAACGACAAUGUCAUCGUAGUCAAUGACGAAGACGAUGAUGACGACGUCAUCGUAGUCAAUAACGAAGACGACGACGAAGGAAUCGUGGUCAACGGUGAAGACAACAACGACGACGUAGUUGUACUCAAUUAAUAAUGUAUUAUCAACUGCGGAUGGCUCGUACCACGAUCGUCAUUAUCAUCAUGAUCAUGAUUAUGAUGAUCAUCAUCAUCGUCAUUCACAGAAUCAU